UCAAUCCCCCAACUCCUCCCACGUCCCACCUCCCCCAUCCAUCCCACCUCUUCUCCUCUCCCAACUCAAAGGCAAGCGCAGACCCAGCUCAGCUCAGGCAACAACAAUCAGAUCACAGGCUGCCUAAUCCUGCUCUUCGUUGGCGGUUUCUGUGCAGCCCGCCGAGCUCUUGCGAGAAUAUUGCAAUGGCGUCCACGUCGAGCUCGACGGCGGUGGACGAGAGGGAGCGGAAGCGGAAGAGGGCGGCCGGGGGAGAGUCCACAGCGUCCGCCGGCCCGGGGACGGAGGCGCAGCCUUCCAAGUGGCGGACGCGGCGCGAGCACGAGAUCUACUCGUCCAAGCUCUUCGAGGCGCUCCGCCUUGUCCGAGGCGGGUCAUCGUCCGCGUCGACGGCGCCGGCGCGUGGCCGGGCCGUGCGGGAGGCGGCCGACCGCGCGCUCGCGGUGGCGGCCCGGGGGCGCUCGCGCUGGAGCCGCGCCAUACUCGCCUCUCGCCGCCGCCGCCUCCAGGCCGCCCACCGCGCGCGCCUCCGUGCCCCAGCCACACCGCCCGCGCGCCACCCCUCCGUCGCUGCCGCCGCACAGCCGCAGCCGGGGAAGGCACCGGCGCUGGCGAAGAAGGCCAAGGUGCUCGGGCGGCUGGUUCCCGGCUGCCACAAGCUGCCGUUCCCGGCGCUGCUCAGCGAGGCCUCCGACUACAUCAGGGCGCUGGAGAUGCAGGUGCGCGCCAUGACCGCUCUAGCCGAGGUCCUGGCGAGCGUCUCCUCGUCGGCAGCCUCCGGCAGCUCCUCCUCGCCGGCAUGACCCACGCUUCGUGCAUGAUUCGUGUAUUCGUUGUAAAUUUCACCCCAUCUUCCUCGUGGGUUGGAUUAGUUAGCCUCUCCUCUCUAGUUGUCCUCUUGUUUCUCAGGUUGGUUGAGCGGUUAGUGGUGUGUUGGUGAUAAUGAUGGCACUCUGGUGAUUUAAACCGUGCUGUAAUGCCUCUCUCUCUCUCUCUCGCUGUCUAAUUGUGGAGGCACAUUCGUUUUGUUCCAUUCUCUUCUCGCUUGGCUUUCUCCUCUCCUCGGGAUUCUUUCGUGUGUUUGUUUCUUUUGUUCUCUUUCGAUCCCUUCUCUGAUAAAUGUAACAGGCAUGCAUGGAGAAAUGUUCAGAGCGCUCCCUUGGUCGA